ACGUAGCUCUCAGAGAGUAGUUCUGUAGCUCGCAUCACUAGCUUAUCUUGGGAGGCAUGUGGAUAUAAGGCGAUAACGGUAGGCUGGGUGCACUGUAUGUGAUUCACUCUUGGUGGAGGCGUGUUCACGGUAUCUCCGGCUGUAUUUGUUUAAUUGGUCUGACCUUUACGGCAAGAUAUUAACUGUGUAACGAUUCCGUUCAUUUGCGUCUGAAACUCUGAAGAUUCAACAUGGCACUUUACAGCAUCAAGAACAACCUGCAUCUGGCGACCCUGAAGACCCUCUCACUGGUGUCCAUCAGCGUCAUGUCCCCUCAGCAGAGCGUUCAGGAGCUGUUCCGUACUGCUGACUGCGUCUGCUUCGACGUUGACUCCACCGUCAUCAGGGAUGAAGGCAUCGAUGAGCUGGCGAGGUUCUGCGGGAAAGGCGAAGAAGUUAAGAGACUGACGGCCGAGGCUAUGGGUGGCAGCAUGACGUUCCAGGAAGCCCUGAAGAAAAGAUUAGACAUUAUCAGACCGUCGGUCAGCCAAAUCAGAGAGUUCAUCGACACAUUCCCUAACCAUCUCACACCUGGAGUAUCCCAACUAGUAAAGACGCUACAGGAGCGUGGCGUGCAGGUAUACCUCGUGUCCGGUGGCUUCAGAUGUCUGAUCGAGCCAGUUGCUGCACAGCUAAAUAUACCUAAAGGCAACGUCUUCGCCAAUAGACUCAAAUUCUACUUUAAUGGAGAAUACGCAGGCUUCGACGAGAAUGAGCCUACAUCCCGAUCUGGCGGCAAGGGACUCGUGAUCAGAAGGCUCAAGGAACAGUUCGGUUACCAGAGGGUCGUCAUGAUCGGAGAUGGCGCCACUGACGCUGAGGCCAGCCCGCCCGCCGACGGAUUCAUUGGUUUUGGCGGCAAUGUCCUAAGAGAGGAGGUCAGAAAGAGGGCGUCCUGGUACGUCACGGACUUCCAAGAGCUCAUCACCUCCCUCACGCUCCAAACAAAGUGAACACUCCGAAUAUAGGCUAAUUUGCGCAAUGAAAAUUGUACUUUAGUUCUUCAAACUAGAGGCCUUUUUAGAAUGACAUUUUUAGAUUCAAGUUCUCAGUAAGUAAUAUCGUACUGAACCAGUAUUAGGUAAUUAAAUUAUAGAAAUAUAUAGGCCUAUAGUAGACGCAAACUAAACUGACUACCGGGGUCGUAAAACAUCUCAGUCACACUCGCGUGGUCGUAGAUAGAGUGAGAGAGAUAGUAAUAUGACCCCGGUCGUCAGUUUAAUUUGCGUCUACUAUAGUUAUUUUUUUAAAUUUUUUAUUUUGACACUUAUUUGUAACGUUUGGAUAAAAUACGUAGGUAGGUAUAUGGUCUAAAAGUCUGGUUAUAUUUAUUGGUUGAGUAUGACAUUACUGUUUCAGUAUUGACUCACAGCAUUUUGGUAGCUCGGCCUCUGUUAAUAAGAGCUGAUUUCGAUUGUGCAUUUAUUGUUGAAGUAAUUAAAAAAAAAUGUAAUGGUACUUUGAGUACAAAGAGUUGAAUGCUUUACUUAUAGAUCAAUAUUUACGGGACUUAGUUCCGUUAGAUGUUUUGUACAGAUAUUAUAUAUUAAUGAAAUUAAAUUAGGUUAAUACUUGUAAAUAAUUAUUUAGGAAAAUCAUGGUGCUUCCAUAAAAGUAUCAGAUAUUAUAACAUUAUUAGUUAGAAUUAUAUUUUAUAAUUUUGUAUAUUCAUAACUAUUUUUAAUAGGUCAAUAAUUUAGUACCUUUCCUUUCAAGGAGAAGUGUUUUAAUUUUUAUAGCUUUGUAUGUUAUAUUGAAGUGACUUAUUUAUUUACUCAGAUUUUAACAUCAUUGCCUGCUGCAGAUAUGCAGUUAGUAGUUAUAUAAAAAAAUUACUACCUAUAACGUAUACGUCUUAUGGAUAAUGGCAAAAUAUGGCUGUGUACUUCAAAUGUAAGAAAUUAAAAGAUAUGUUAAGUUUA